AUGGUUGGAGACGGCUUCCUCGUCGUCGUCUCCCAGCUGUUCGGCUGGGUCUACUUCCUCUGCUGGUCGGCAUCGUUCUAUCCGCAGUCCAUCCUGAACUAUCGUAGGAAAACGACUGCUGGAACUACGGUUGAUUUUCCGCUCAUCAACUGCCUGGGUUUCCUCGCCUACUUUGUUUCCAACGCAGCGCUCUUCUAUUCGCCCGUCGUCCGUCAGCAGUACGCGGCACGAAACCAUGGCCUACACCCGACCGUCGCCUUCAACGACAUAACCUUUGCGGCGCACGGCUUCAUCCUCUCCGUCGUCACGACGAGCCAGUACUGGCCCAAGGUUUGGGGCUUUACCCCCAGCCCAGGCAACCGCCCCAGCCGCUUCAUCCUCGGCAUCGCCUUUGGCUGCAUUGUCGGCGUCGCGUCCGUCUCGCUCAUCGUCGCCUCUGCCCAGCCCGGCGACCCGCAAUACGCCUGGUGUGCGCUCGACGUUGUCUAUGCCGUGUCCUACGUCAAGCUUGUCGUUACUCUCAUCAAAUACACGCCCCAGGUCGUCACCAACUACCGGAACAAGUCGACCAAGGGCUGGUCCAUCCUGCAGAUCCUCCUGGACUUUGUCGGCGGCCUCCUGUCCUGCUCUCAGCAGGGCAUCGAUUCGUACCUGCAGCGCGACUGGUCUGGCAUCACUGGCAACCCCGUCAAGUUUGCCCUCGGCAACGUAUCCAUGAUCUACGACCUGAUUUUCAUGACACAGCAUUAUGUGCUCUAUCGUGUGCCAGCCAGCAAGUCGGCAGAAAGAUCUGCCCUGCUGCAGGGCGACGAGGAACACCAAAGGCUGGACUAG